GUCAGGAGCUGGGAGGUGAACUCCACGCGUAUUGGGUUGCGAGCAUCGACGCAGACAAAAUCCAGCGUGUUUGGUGCGCCUGUUUGUAAGAAAACGUGCUUCCGCUCCGUGUUUUGCGGGCAGCCUCCUCUUCCGGCUCUGUGAUUGGUCCUCUGUUUUGGUCAGGCCAUGGCCCCAGCGCUGUGGGCGGCGCUACGGAGCGUGACCCGGCAGGGAGCCGCCGUGCUAAAACCAAACGGCUUCGACGGAGUAACACUGUUGAGGAGCAAGGCUGUCAACCCCUUCAGUAGAGAUAUAUUCAGUCAGGUGAGACACCUGGGGUCAGCAUCCGGCAUGCCUGAGAUAACCACGGACCACCUGGACGAGAAGCAGGUGCAGCUGCUGUCGGAGAUGUGCAUCCUCAUCGACGAGGACGACCGCAAGAUCGGCGCUGACACCAAGAAGAACUGCCACCUCAACUCUAAUAUUGAUAAAGGGUUACUGCACAGAGCGUUCAGCGUCUUCCUUUUCAACAGUGAGGAGAAGCUGCUCCUCCAGCAGAGAUCUGACGCCAAAAUCACCUUUCCUGGAUGCUUCACAAACACCUGCUGCAGUCAUCCUCUCCACACAGACAGCGAGCUGGAGGAGAAGGAUGCGUUGGGGGUGAGGAGAGCCGCUCAGAGAAGAUUGGGAGCUGAGCUGGGUAUCCCUCUGGAGCAGGUAACUCCAGAAGAAAUGACAUAUCUAACAAGAAUUCACUACAAGGCCCAGUCAGAUGGUGUUUGGGGAGAACAUGAGAUCGACUACAUACUCUUUGUGCAGAAGGAUGUUGACCUAAGUCCAGAUCCCAAUGAGAUCAAAAGCCACUGCUACGUGACCAAAGAAGAGCUCAAAGCCAUGCUGGAGAAGGCCAAGCGCAAGGAGCUGGAGGUCACGCCCUGGUUCAGCCUCAUCGCCGACACUUUCCUCUUCAAGUGGUGGGACAACAUGCACAACCUAAAGCAGUUCAUGGAUCACAGCAGCAUCCAUCGCAUGUAACCACAAACCACACGGCGGUUGUUACGCCAGGGAGCCGCGACAUUUUUCAGAAAAGAAGGGAAGCUUUUGGACAUUGAGUCAUCUAGUUAGUGUUGAUUCACAAGACUUGAAGCGUUCAGGAAAUAACAGCCUCUUUGAGAGAAUAGCUUAUUUUUUAUAUUUAAAAGACUUUGUGCCUGAUUACAGGUCAGUGUAUAGAGCUGAUGAUGCCCAACAUACAGUGUUGACAUUCAUUUUGAUUGUCUUUGUAAUUUCUCUACAAUAAACUAUUUGAACAAUAAAAAAAAAACUGCAAAUCUG